ACGAAGCACUCUUGGAGAACUCAUCAUGAUCACCUUAUCUUCUUUGGUUUCUCUUUGCCUUUGAGGGACCCCAAUCAUCUCACUUACACUUACUGCUAUAUAUGUUCCUUCCUAAGCCUUGGAGCAACUUCAAGGCAACAUACUGCUCGGUGCUUCUCAUCUCUCUUUCGCUUCCUUCUUAAUAGCAUACCGAUAUAUACUUGGCAUCUGUUACGUAUAUAGAUUACCUUCCCAUUGAUAUAGGCAUCUUUAGAGAGGAGAAAAGUGAUGGACUCAUCCAGUUCAAUGGCCAUAUCCAGCAUUAGAGCCAACUCAGAACACGAGUACAUGAAAAGGGAGUGCCAGCCGAAAACUUGGACAGGAGGACUUCAUAGAGUUCUAUGUAUGCAAGGUGGUGAUGACGAUGGAAGCUAUGCCAAGAAUUCUGAGGCUCCUGCAUCCGCGAUCACCUUAUCAAAACCAUUGCUCUUAACAGCUAUUCAGUCCAUGAAACUUUUCGUCCAGAGUGAGGAGGAUUCUCUGAGAGUAGCAGACUUGGGCUGUGCAACCGGGUACAACACCUUGGCCACAAUUGACAUGGUUGUUGAGGGCUUGAGAGAGCGAUAUAUUAAAGAGUGUGGUGUUGACCCUGAAUUUGAGGCAUUCUUUUCUGAUCUCCCUUCAAAUGAUUUCAAUUCUCUCUUCCGAUCAUUAGCUGCCACCUUAUCCAAUAACAAAGCCAAGAGAUAUUACGCUGCUGGUGUACCGGGAUCGUUUUACAGUCGCCUCUUUCCUAAAGGGAAGCUUCAUGUGGCGGUUAGCCUGAGUGCGUUACACUGGCUCUCUCAGAUACCAGAGACAGUGUUAGACAAGAGAUCACCAGCUUGGAACAAAGGAAGAGCGUGGAUAGAUGGGGCGAAAAAGGAGGUGGUUGAAGCAUAUGCAAAGCAGUCUGAGGAGGACUUGGAAGACUUCUUAAGAUGUCGGAAAGAAGAGAUUGUGGAGGGAGGAGUGCUAUUUAUGUUGAUGGGAGGAAGGCCUGGUUCUCAGCGUCCGGACAAUCAGUUGGAUGAUUCGGACUCGAGAGCUAAGCAUCCUUUCACCUGUUCCAUGGAUCAGGCUUGGGAAGACCUAUUAAAUGAGGGAUUGAUAGAUGAGGAGACAAGAGAUGGGUUCAAUAUACCAGCAUAUAUGAGGAGCAUGGAGGAAGUUGAGAGGGCGAUAGAGAGAUGUGGUGGUUUUGAGAUACAAAGAAUGGAGUACCAGAGAAUUGUGGAGCAUUCGAAAGAGAAGCAAGAUGAGUGGAUCAGAGAUCCAGUCUCCUAUGGUAGAGCCAAAGCCAACCUGGUCCGUGCCACUCUCAGGCCUAUAGUUGAGGCCCACGUUGGCCCCUACCUUUCAGAGGAGCUGUUCAAGCGCUUUGAGAACCGAGUUUCUUCUGAUAUUUCCCUCAUCCGUAAAACUUGUUUUUAUGGGGUUAUUGUUAUUUGUGCAAUCCGAAAAUAAUGGGACAAAUUGUGAACUCCUUUUCGCCCACCCAAGAGAGACUGAAAGAGCCAAAAACCAAUUGGUGAAUGCUUAAUUACAUAACCUGCUGCUGAUUUCUACAUUCCAUGUAGAGCUCAAACCACGGAACAACCCUCCCCCACCAGGAAGCACCCCCAAACCAAGAAAAAGGUAACUAUAAAGAAGAAUGACAACUCCUCCAUUUACAGCUUGCAAAUUGUCCUUGUUUGCUUCUAUGUGUGCAUGGACUUGAGGUCAUGUGAAAGAUAGCCUUAUUUAACUUAUUAUUACUGUAAUUUACUUUUCACAAUAACCACAGUCUACUCACUCUUUUGUCUCACUUCAUAAGUGAAACCUAGUUUAUAACAUUUAGAAGAAUAGCAAAAUCCAAGAGCGGAUCGACUUAUAUAUCCAUGCCAAAUGAAUGAA